AGGCCAAAACUUUAAAUGGAAAAAGAAUUAAUAAAUUCUUGAGAAGACCUGGAAUUAGUUCCCUCCUUCCUCAAGCUCGAAACAAACUAUUCUCCCUGCCGCCUUUGAAUGAUCAAGAAUCCUGCUAAAACUCAAAAAAAAUUAAAAAUCCAUUCAUGAAAACCUCAAAAAUUGUUUUUUUAGCUUGAUUGUCAUCUGGGUAUCUGUCAAAAUUGUUAAUUUUCAUCUGUUUGGAAAACCCAGAAUUCUCUAUGUCAGGUUUAUCAUUUGGGUUAUGAAGAUUCAACUUUUUCUUCUAAAUUUAUUGAAUUUUUGCUUUAAUUGUUAGUAGUUCAAGCAAAUUUCAUCUGGGUCGAGUGUAGAUUGGCCAUUUAUUGGCAAUGUUGAAUAAUUUGGAGGAUGGGGGAAAGAAUUCUUCAGAGGUUUCAAGAGGGGGUAAUGGUAGAGGGGGUGGGGGUACAAGGUCAUGGGGAACUACUGUUUCUGGUCAAUCGGUUUCUACUAGUAGCAGUAUUGGGUCUCCAUCGAGCAGAAGUGAAGCCGCCAUGGCUACCCCUGCCAGUGACAACACUUUUCUUAGGCUAAACAAUCUUGACAUUCAUGCUGAUGAUGCAGGAUCUCAAGGGACAGCUGGGAAAAAGAAAAGAGCUCAGCGUGCUACUGGAGGGGAUAAGAGUGGUAGAGGACUCAGACAGUUUAGCAUGAAAGUUUGUGAGAAAGUGGAAAGCAAAGGAAGAACUACGUAUAAUGAGGUUGCAGAUGAACUUGUAGCUGAGUUUUCUGAUGCUACCAAUAGUGUUGCAGGCUCAGAUCAGAAACAAUAUGAUGAGAAGAACAUCAGACGACGAGUCUACGAUGCUCUGAACGUACUUAUGGCUAUGGAUAUCAUUUCUAAAGAUAAAAAGGAAAUACAGUGGAAGGGAUUACCACGCACUGAUGCAAAUGAUAUUGAGGAGCUAAAGACUGAGCGUCUUAACUUGAGAAAUAGGAUUGAAAAGAAAGCAGCUUAUUUAGAAGAACUUGAAGAUCAAUAUGUAGGGCUUCAAAACCUCAUAAAACGCAAUGAUCAGUUGUAUGGCUCAGGCAAUGCUCCUAGUGGUGGUGUGGCUUUACCGUUUAUUUUAGUGCAGACUCGUCCUCAUGCUACAGUCGAAGUGGAAAUAUCAGAAGAUAUGCAGCUGGUGCAUUUCGACUUCAACAGCACUCCGUUUGAGCUGCAUGACGAUAAUUAUAUCCUCAAAGCAAUGAAUUUUUGCGGAAGAUCAAAUGACGGUUCUGUCCCACAGAAUGUAUCUGCUGAUGGAGGUGAAGGUCCGAGUUCCAGUAUGGCCAACAUGUUUCAGCAUCAUAUCCCUAAUCCAUCUGCCCCAAACUCAUCUGGCAGGCUUCCGACCUCACCUCCUCUCCCCGGAAUACUAAAGGCUCGUGUCAAGCAUGAGCAUUAGUCUUCUGGCUUCUUUCUUGAUCGAUUACUGUACUCAUUAACGCAUAGUAUUUCUGUACAUUAUGUAAAGUAUUUUUACUGGAAGCAGCCUCCUCUGUUGACUAAAUACUUCUCUUGACCCUUGUCUCAAUUUGAGGGAGGUUACUAGUUGAGCUUUUAAAUUUUUUUGCUAAGUAUCAAUUGUUUCAUCAAAUUGGUAUAUGUUUUGGCAAAUGAAAAACUAUUAGACUGUUUGGACAUA